UGCGUUCUUCUGCGGUGUAGAGUUGCCUGUACUGGUGAUUAGUUCUUUAAUAACCUAAGCUUCAAGAGUUACGUAUUCCCUAGUUUCUGGUUUACUCAGUUUGCUGAACAACCUUUAUUAUUUCUGAGCUGGAAGGGCGCAUUGUUUUAUUUCCGGAUAGGUAUUUGAUUUUUUUUCAAAACGAGGUCUAAGAGAUUUCAUGCGACUCAAGUGACAUGGCACUGGUGCCCUACACUGACAGCGGAGUUCAAAGUCUGAAGAGAUUUCAUGAUUCCAGUGCAUCAUUUAAAUUUGUGAACCACAAUAUAGAGAUAAAGCAAGACUGGAAACAGCUGGGAGUUGCAGCAGUUGUCUGGGAUGCAGCUUUGGUCCUUUGCAUGUAUCUGGAAUCUGAAGGUAUCCAUUUGCAAAACAGCUCUGUGAUAGAGCUUGGUGCUGGCACAGGCCUUGUGGGGAUUGUGGCUGCAUUGUUAGGUGCUCAAGUUACUAUCACAGACAGAGACCUUGCAAUGGAAUUUCUUAGGAUGAACGUGAGAGAUAACAUUCCUAAAGACAGUCUGCACAGAGUGUCUGUUAGAGCUCUGAACUGGGGAAAGUCUUUGGAAGAAUUUUCCACCUAUGAUUUCAUUUUGGGAGCUGAUAUUAUUUAUUUGGAAGAAACAUUUCCAGACCUGUUGCAAACAUUCCUUCACUUGAGCUCACAGCAAUCAGUGAUUCUGUUAUCGAGUCGACUUCGUUAUCAGCGAGACCAUGACUUCCUGGAAAUGAUGAAGCUACACUUUACUAUAGCAGAUGUUUAUUAUGACAAAAAUACUGAUGUGCAUAUAUUUAGAGCUCAGCUUAGGCAAAGAAAAGAGCUUUAAAUAAACCAAAGCAUAAUUUAUUCCA